GAUCCAUCCCCACUUUCACGAUGUCUCCGUGGUCGUUCUCAUGGCUACCUGCUUUGCCUACUAUUGAUUUCUCUCUUCCCUCGGGUAUCCAGAAACGUUUUAUCUCAUUUGCGCUCAGGCAGUCCCUCGGACAUCUGCUCAAACCCGGUCAACUCGAUGUGCAGCAGGUGGAUUCCCAGAUUGGAUCCGGGUACGUCCAAGUCAGAGACCUUGAGUUGAACGACGAGGCCAUCAACGCUCUCAUCUCCGGGCUACCUAUACGCUUACGGGACGGCUCCGUAGGCAAAGUCACCGCUCGCAUCCCAUGGCCGAAUCCCCUCACCUCCUCCGUCGGCCUGUCACUCGAGUCUCUCCACUUGACGUUCUACCUGGAGCCCACACUCGCAGAUCCCACCGAACGGCCGUUUACAGACAACCUUGCCGAUUCCGUCGCGUCUGUGGCGGAAACGUUCAUUCAUGAGGAGCUCUCUGCGCGCGAAGAAGCGGCCCUACGUGAAUCCUUCCAUCCUGACCUUGCGCGAUCCGAUAUAUCCGAGUUUGAGGAGAACGUACCUGGCGGUCUCGAUCCGUUCAUCUCCGAGGACGAAGUGCACCAGCACGAUGCGGAACCUCCAGGGGUGUCCAUCUUCGCGACACUAAUUGAACGUUUAUUGGCUAGGUUCCAGUUCGACGCGACCGACACUAGGAUCACUAUUGUCAAUCCGCAGAACGCCAGCUUCACCUUGAUCGUUCCGGACAUCCGUUAUAGCACUGAGUCCCAGGCUACCGCUCCGCAGGUCCCCGAAGGCGGCGUGCACGAGGCUGCCGAGAAAGCUACACCGGGAGAAGUGCGGAAAGUCAUCAUAACCGGUGCCACUGUGACGACGCGAUGUUUGCGGCCCCCGAGCCCGAAAGCUCUGGCAGCGUCCCCUGCGACAUCUCCUGACACUGCGUCGGGCGACGCAGUGCUGUGCACUCCUUCCUCUCCCACCACGCCUGUCACCCCGGACCCGCCAGCGCCCAAUGAAGUGGAACUUUCACAGAGUCAAGCAUAUUCUCCAGAAUAUUCUCCAGAAGUGCCACAAAUUCAUGGCUUACCUUCACCCGCCGAACCCUCCUCUCCCUAUCAUUCAGAUUCAUCCGACAUGGACGAGGAGACCCAGAUGUUCAUGUCGCAGUCGAUUGCAAUGCUCCCUCCACGUCCAAUAUCCCCUGCCAGCUCGGUAGCGAGCAGCAUGUAUCAAAGUGCUAUAUCCACUUCUGCACCAGAUACAGGCCUCGAUGAUAUUCCGGAGGAGGCGUCGCAGUCUCGCAGUUCGACCCCCUCGCCUCCCGAACGAGUGGAAGCUGUCGAGGAACAAGCAGUUUCCAUACCCGUCGAGACAGUCGAGUCCCCUGCAGGCACACCGCCAGCUUCGCGGUCCCCAGUGACCUCCCCUUUCCAGCGUCGGCUGGAUAUUCGCACUGCCGAGAUCGAAGACGAGACAGUACUCUCGUUGGGAUCUGAGCCCAUCGAGAUACGGCUGACCACUCCCUCGCCGCAUCCUCCUCCUGUUCCUCAACCCUCCCCAUCUUCCGCACCGUCCAACGCACAGCAUGAUUCGCGAGCCGCGAGCCGCCCGACAAUCGAUGACAGCGCCCCUCGUCAAGACCGCAUGCGGGUGGACUUGACUAUGGGGACCAUCGCAUGUGCGCUCAGCGCGACGCAAAUCCGGAGCGUCAUCGACAUUGCGGAGGUCUGGACAUCCCACAGUCCUGCUCCAUCGCCUCUUCAGGUGUCCAAGGCCGCCGGAGAGGCCAGCUCUCCUUCUCCUUUCGACGACCUCGAGGCUGCGCUGCGCGUGCGUGGCGUUGUCAUUCUCUUGUUGUCGUCAUCAAGGACGUCCGCAUCAAGUCCAGACGACGCAUUGACGGAGUUCUUCUCUCGGCCUCUGGUUCCCCCGCGCCUUCCUGGUGGAUACGUACGCGUUCAUAUCGAAGGGAUUUCCAGCUCUGUGUCAAUACGUCCCGGAGAUGUGGCCAAGGGCAGGCGAUCAUCGUCUGGACGAGAUGCACCAUCUAUUUCUGCGUCAUUGACGAUCUCCGAGAUCUCUGCAUUCGCCUUCCUUCCUCCCUCAUCUCCCGAUGCCGAUAUGUCGGCGUCUCCCAUCCUUGUCACGGACCCACACCUUCCUUCCCAAUAUACCCCGGGCCACGUCCACCCCUCACUUGAUACCUCUCCGGAACACAGCGCGUCAUUACCGGUCUUCGACAUCAUCGACUGGACGCACCCAAGCCAGAGAAGCGCUGGCGCGAAGCUCUCCUGGUGGAGAACAAAGCCCGUUGCUACAGCACGUCCCUCGUCGCAAAGCACAAGACGAGACCCGGAACCCUUCGAGUCUUCUAGCCCUCCCUUCACCCGUCCAUUCCCAGUGGUAUUGCCUUCCUCCCCAGGACGACUCGGACUUGCGGGGUUGUCACCAUCUCCUGGGAAGGGACAACACGCGAUACCCAAGCCUACAUCUCCGGCCCUCACCGUGAAGUUCAGAUCCGCGACGAGAGACCACCGCGACGCGCCCGACGUACAGGUCUCGCUUGCACCUGUUCACGUCUUCCUGGACGUCGGGGCGAUGCUCAGCCCCGCGCAGGAUGGAAAGAGCGAGCUGUUGCGAUUCGUCGAAGAGCUUGCCGGGUCUCGUGAUCCUCAACAGACCCAGGGCCUAGCUGAUGCGGAGCCUAUGGAGUCUGACGACGAUACAGAGGACGGAGGCUCGCGUCCUGGGACGCCUCGAGCACCUGGUUUGCGGGGGUUCCGCGAAGACGAUGCCGAACGGGAGAGGCGACGUCUGGAGCAGCUGGUGUUGGAUGACCUGGACCUGGGCUAUGACUACCGCAAGCCAACUGCACAAACCCAGACGACCCCAAGAUCACGUCGUGUCAAGAAAUCGCGACACAAACCAGCAGCGAUGUCUAUUUCUGUCAACUUGCCUUCUGUCCGAGUGGAGAUCCGCGUCCCCCCUCCGGCGCAACGCCAACCUCGUUCAGGCGCCGUGAUCCUUGACAUUCACGACCUCUGUCUCACACCCGGGAGAGCGCCGGAACGCGGAGGCGACCGCACAGCCAGGUUUGGAACUGCUGAGGACCUGUUUGGUGCGGGGCCUGCCCCUCGCGCGUCAAGACAAGACGACAAUAUCCUGCUUGGCGCGACAUGGAAGCGAAUAGUCGUCGCGUACUCGCUUGUGGGGGAGUCGAAGGCUCGCGCCAUCCUGUCUUUGGGCCCGUUGACCGCACAAGAUAGCGGGUCGAUCUUCGGCGUGGGCACCCCACCUGCACGCGAGGUCCCUGGCAACAGCCUCCAGCCUCAAGUGCUAGUCAGUCGGACGCCAGUCGCACCGAGCGCGGUCGAUGCUGUCAGCUCCACCGCAAUAUCACUGGACAUACCCUCCGUCCACGUCGAACUGUCCAAACCGCUUAUUGACGGCCUCCAGCUGUGGGCAGACGACCUAAGCCAGCUCAUGGAGGCUGCAUUUUCCCCGCAAGCAGGGUCCGAUACGGGCACACAGAGAGCUGGUAGCGGGGACUCGAGCAUGAUCGGUAGCCGAUUCUUCGCUAGGACGGAGACGUCUGGAAGCGCGCCCGAUAGUGGGGUCACUAGCCUCGCGGGUACGAUCAGGGCGCGACAGGAGCCUCGCAGUGAGACGGCGGUCAAGAUUACGGUUACUGAGGCUGCUGUCAGGUUGUGGGUACCGAGAGAAGACAACGAGCAAUUCAUUGCUCGGCCUUUCGAUCUGGUAGCGUCCGAUGUUGAUGUGCUACUGGAGCUCAAGCCAGAGGGGAAGGAUGAGACCGUUGUCACUGUAGGAGUAAUGGACCUCAAUGUGCACGACCACAGCACGACGGGGCGUAACUGCUUCCUUUCCCUGACCACGCCUCGCUCCCUCAACACCACGGUCAAGUCUGCCCUCAAGCUCCGCUUUACCUCAUUGGUAGUUCCUGAGACUACAGCCAAGGAGUCCAGGGUCCGGCUUACGCUUUGUGGGAUCACGUACCAUUUCUACCCUGACCUGAAGUGGGCGACCGACCUCGGCCGCUUCGUCAAGGCACCGCCAGGAGCCUUCGAGUCUGUCGUUCCCAGCGAGCGGACGCGGGUCAACGUCAAGGUCCUGGACACAUCGAUCCGUCUUCUCGCGCCAUCACAUCCGGGGGCCGUCGUCCCAUAUAUCGGAGAGCUCGAUUUCUCGACUGUGAUAGAGGGAAACUCACCCACUUCAACGAUAAACCUCGCUAUUCCAGCGUUGUCGCUCCUGCUCAUAGACGAUAUAUCGAGCUCUCCAGAGGAUUCAGACGCCUCUGGUCGCGCACAUGCAACCGCGCAUGGCGUAGGAUUCUGGAAGUCGGCUGGAUAUGCGCUGUUCGUGGAGGUGUCCGACCUCAUCCUCUCAUUCAAGAAGAUCGACUCCGUAACGCCACCCGAUACCCGACUUCUCAUCGAACAAGGUGAUCUUCGCUUGCACAUGUGCGCAGAUACGAUGGGAGCACUGGGCGCGUUUAUCGGAGACCUGUCGAGUGCAUUCAAACCUCCCGUUCCAGAAACACCCGCCGAGGUCAAGCCGCGUAUCGAGCCUCCGAAUGUUAGCAAGAGGCCUGCGCACGGUCGCAGCAUGCUGUCUUCUCUGGACGAACAAGCGUUCAGGCGCGUACCCGAGGUCGGCGCCGCUCCCGACAUGAUAGAGGAUGACCUCCCAACGAAUCCGGAUUACCUCGAUGAGUCGUUCGGGGCUGCCGCCGGUCUUCGUGAGCUCAGCGACGACGAGUUCGACGAAUCAGAUGUCGAAGGCUCUUACACUCCUCUGGGCGCUGAGGAUCCGAGAGGCGUCACAUCCGCAUGGGGCGGCGAGACGGUCAGGAUACUGCGACCCGAAGGAAUUCGCGUGGUGGAGAACUACUUCGAGACCUUGCCGCCUGACCAGGGUGAUUCCAGUUAUGGUAAUACGACUUUUCGCACGCGUGUUCACGACUUCAAUGUUGUGGUCUUCUUGUACGAUGGGUACGACUGGGUGCGGACCCGGAAGAUCAUCGAGGAGAAGGCGAAGGAGAUGCGGCGCAAACUUGCCAAGAUCCGCCAACUCGUCGCCAGCGGGCAGACCCCGGAUCCGAGCGUGGAGGAGACGAAUGCGCUGCUUUUCAACUCGGUGUACAUCGGUUUGGAGCACAACAUCGACGAGCUGGAACCGGGCGCGCUCAUCGCGGCUAUCGACGAGGAGCUGAACGAGGACUUCGAGACCACUACUCAAAGCUCGUGGCAGUCUCUGAAACCUCAGCCUUUGGCGUCACCUGGCAGAGGUGGCUCCAAUUCAACGAAGUCUCAUCGUCGACGUCUUCGUCGUGCAAAGGGCCCUAGCAUGGAGUUCCGGUUGGAGGGCCUGGAUGCGGAGGUAGACAACUAUCGGGAAGACGAAGACCUGGUCUCCCGAAUCUUGGCUACCAUCAAGGAGGUCGAAAUCUUGGACCACAUCAAGACCUCGACAUGGAAGAAGUUCUUGACAAGUCUCCAUACGGAUGCACGCGGAAACGUUCGGGAGAGCGACUCAAACAUGGUACGGGUCGAGCUCCGCACACUGCACCCGGUUCCUGGUCACCCGUCGGAAGAAGCUAGACUUCGCGCCAAGGUUUUGCCCCUGAGGCUGCAUGUGGAUCAAGAUGCGCUGGACUUCCUAAAGCAGUUUUUCAGCUUCAAGGACCCCGACGCUGCCCCGCCCGCCGCGCCCUCGGAGCCGUCGAACGAGAUUUACUUCCAGCAAGCCGAAGUCUUCCCGAUUGACCUGAAGCUGGACUAUAAGCCCCGCAGAGUGGAUUAUCGAGCCUUGCGCGAGGGUCGCACAAUCGAACUGAUGAACUUCUUCCACUUUGACGGCUCAGAGAUGACCUUGCGGCACCUUACGCUCAAUGGGAUUACUGGAUGGCCGCGAUUUUUCGACCUCCUGAACGACCUCUGGACACCUGACGUCAAGGCAACUCAGCUGGUCGAGGUGAUCUCCGGUGUAGCCCCGAUCCGGUCCGUCGUGAACGUCGGGUCCGGUGUAGCCGACCUUGUCUUGCUGCCCAUCGCGCAAUACAAGAAAGACGGGCGCGUGGUGCGCGGCCUCCAGAAGGGCGCGAAUUCAUUCGUCCAGUCGACCGCGAUGGAGGCCAUCCGACUCGGCGCACGCCUCGCCACGGGCACCCAGGUCAUCCUGGAGCAGGCGGAGACCGUGCUCGGCGGCCACUUCAGGGACCAGGUCACGGCCGAGGCGCUGCAGAUACCUCCCGGAUUUGAGAUUGACGAGGAGGGUAUGGAAGAAGAUGCGGGAGAUCUGAUCAGCAAGUAUGCGGACCAGCCGACGAAUGUGAAGGAGGGCGUCAAGUCGGCGUACAAGAGCCUCAAACGGAACCUCAAUUCCGCGGCGCAGACCAUCCUGGCGGUGCCCAUGGAAGUGUACGAACGUUCGGGCAACGAGGGACCCGUUCGCGCCGUCGUGCGCGCCGUACCGAUCGCGGUCUUGAAGCCCAUGAUCGGUGCCAGUGAGGCCGUGAGCAAGACACUGCUCGGUCUCCAGAAUACCCUGGAUCCCAACAUCAGACAAGAGAACGAGGCGAAAUACAAGCAGCGAUGAGUUGGAAGGAUCUUGCUUUCUUGCAUAGACGGAUGUUUUUCACUGUACUUCCGCAUUCGUAGUCAUACCUGUACACAUUACCGGAAACAUAUCUCAUACCAUAGGUGUACACUACCAUAGCAAUACAUCGAGCAGACUGGCCACAAAGCAUAUCGACGCGUGAGGGGGAAUAAUCGAGAAAAGGCGAAGCAAGCAGGGCGGCGAUACAACUUAGUCGAUCUCCAUACCCAUUGACCGGCCCUCUCCUGAAACGAGAGCGCUCCGGCUCUUCGCCGCAACCUUGAUCUUCUCCUUGAUCUUUUCAGACUGGGGAGUAAUGGGCUGGACGAGCUUGACGGAGGUCUUCUCGAGCUUGCGCUUCCGGUGAGCCUUGAGCUUCUCCCUUGCGGCAGCCAUACGGUUCUUCCAGAAUGCGUUCUCCCUCUUCGACUUGAUCUCCGCAAUCCUCCUGAUUGCCUUGACCGUGUUCUGGACGAGCUCGCGGUCGUAGCGGACGGGGACGUUUCUCCUCUUCUCGAAGUCGAUAGUGGAGUCCACAGUCAUCUCCUUGCCCGCAGCCUUCCGGAACGCCUUCGUCCAGCGGACCUUCCUCGGGUUACGCUUCAUCUUGAAGUUUUUAUGGCACUUCGAGGUGCAGAAACGGAAGACCUUCGCAUCGUUCCGGACGAACGCGGACCCGUGCCCCGGGUAGACGCUUUUUGAGCAGAAGUAGCACUUUUCGAUACGCAUGGCGGCAGCAGUCCAAGAUGUGUGC